AAAUAUAACAUAUAUCACGGAAAAAGGAAGCCAGAAGAGAGAGAGAGAGAGAGAGAGAGAGAGAUGGCAAUGGCGACUGCUCUUCGGAGGAUAUCCUCUUCAGUUCUUGUCAACAGCAGACCUCCUCUCUCUCGUACCCCCCACUUAUAUUACUUGUCCUCAUUGCCGAGUGAAGCCGCUGCGUAUGACAAAGAGAGAUCUCGGGUCACGUGGCCCAAGCAACUCAAUGCUCCUCUGGAGGAUGUGGAUCCGGAGAUUGCAGAUAUCAUCGAGCACGAAAAAGCCCGGCAAUGGAAGGGUCUUGAGCUCAUUCCUUCGGAGAAUUUCACGUCGGUGUCGGUCAUGCAAGCCGUUGGAUCUGUAAUGACAAAUAAGUAUAGCGAAGGGUAUCCUGGGGCUAGAUAUUAUGGUGGAAAUGAGUAUAUUGACAUGGCGGAAUCAUUAUGCCAAAAGCGUGCCUUGGAGGCUUUUCGAUUGGAUCCUGCAAAGUGGGGAGUAAAUGUGCAGUCUCUGUCUGGAUCUCCUGCUAAUUUCCAAGUUUAUACUGCACUCUUGAAGCCGCAUGAGAGAAUAAUGGCACUUGAUCUUCCCCAUGGUGGACAUCUUUCACAUGGGUACCAGACUGAUACCAAAAAAAUAUCUGCUGUCUCUAUCUUCUUUGAGACGAUGCCAUAUAGGUUGAAUGAGAGCACUGGGUACAUUGAUUAUGACCAGUUGGAGAAAAGUGCCACACUCUUUAGGCCAAAACUAAUAGUUGCUGGAGCUAGUGCAUAUGCACGUCUCUAUGACUAUGAGCGUAUUCGUAAGGUCUGUGAUAAACAGAAGGCUAUCCUUCUGGCUGAUAUGGCACACAUUAGUGGACUUGUAGCAGCAGGUGUCAUUCCGUCUCCUUUUGACUAUGCCGAUGUAGUGACUACUACAACACACAAGUCACUACGAGGUCCACGUGGAGCUAUGAUCUUUUUCAGAAAGGGGGUAAAGGAGAUAAAUAAACAAGGAAAAGAGGUGCUCUACGAUUAUGAAGAUAAAAUAAAUGCAGCUGUCUUCCCUGGGCUUCAAGGUGGUCCACACAAUCAUACAAUUACUGGUUUAGCUGUUGCACUGAAACAGGCGACAACUACAGAGUACAAAGCCUAUCAGGAACAAGUCCUAAGUAAUUGUGCAAAAUUUGCUCAGAGUUUGGUUGCAAAAGGAUAUGAACUUGUUUCUGGUGGAACAGAGAAUCAUUUGGUCUUGGUGAAUCUAAAAAAUCAGGGAGUUGAUGGAUCCCGGGUUGAAAAGGUUUUGGAGGCUGUUCACAUUGCUGCUAACAAAAACACCGUUCCUGGUGAUGUGUCUGCAAUGGUUCCUGGUGGCAUAAGAAUGGGAACUCCAGCACUUACAUCAAGGGGAUUUGUUGAAGAGGACUUUGCAAAAGUGGCUGACUUUUUUGAUGCUGCUGUUAAAAUUGCCAUCAAGGUGAAGGCUGAAACCAAAGGUGGGUCAAAGCUUAAGGACUUUGUGGCUACUCUUAAUGGAGAUGCUAAUAUCCAAUCAGAGAUUGCAAGGCUCCGCCAUGGUGUAGAGGAGUAUGCAAAGCAGUUCCCAACAAUUGGAUUUGAGAAAGAGGCAAUGAAGUACAAGAACUGAGAAGUAUUCAGACAAUUAAGCAAAUAGAGAGGCUUAUUGGAUGAAUGGAAGUACAUGUAUGAUGGAAGACGGUCAUCAUGAAAGGAAACGAAAAAAAUAACCAACCAUCUACUCUUUCAGAUAUGUACAAAUAUUGACUAUGCAGUUCUAUAGCAUAACUCGAUAUUUAUGUUAUCUUGUGAACGUACAUAUGUUACGCCCUCAUAUGUUAGACAUCUACAUAUAUUUUUAAAUGUUCACUUGGGAGUAAAAGGAAAAUAAGUUAUGUCUCUGAGUUA